GCAGACAGACAGACUGCCUCUCGUCAGCAAUCACGGCUGGGCUGGUUGGGUCGCUGUAAGUAAAAAGCUCAUUCACGUCAAGUCAUAGGCCAGCCAGGUCUCUCUCAGAGGCACAAACACAAACGCACGCACACGCAUGCAUGCAUGAGGCCAGGCCCCUACGCGUUAGUUAAUUGUCCGGUCGGUCACAUCAGUCAUGUACAGCAGCACACACAAGGCACGAACGACACAUCAACAUGUAUGCCACUCACACCCAUCCAUCCAUCCAUCCCCACCCCCCAUGUCAGCCAUCCAGCCCUGUGUCUCGUCCUUGCCGUUCCUGCCAUGGUCAUUCGGUCCAUCGUUUAUUAGCUCUCAUGUCAUUCAUGGCACAUCCAGGGCUAGUCAAUCCCCCUUCUUGCCGGGUUUGCCCUUCUUAAUCUGCUCGUACUUGUCGACCAGCUCCAUGACGUCCUCGUACACAUUCUUGUGAACCACGUGGCCCUCAGAGUCGAAGUAGUGCCCGCAUGAGCGGGUCCGCCACACCUCCUGGGUACCCGCCUCAAAACACACCUUGCCAACCACAGACUGCAACACACACAGUCACAGACACACGUCUUCUCACGCUCCUGAAACCGAGCUCCUGUGAUGUGUUUUGCUGUGCUGACCUCGUCGGGAGUGAUUUUGCCCUUGCCGCCGCCUGCUGUUGCGUGUCUGGACCGGUAGCCCGACCGGAGGCGGAAUGUGAUGUGCUCGUCGAACCGGGCCAUGUCGCCAUCCAGAUACACCUUCUGACCCUGAUGCACCGUGGUGGACCACACGCAGAGAGAGGGAGAGAGACAGAGACAGAGACCUCCAUGCACUGCACACGCCCGCACUGUUCGGGUGCUGCCCGUUUGGCCUCCCGCGCACUGCACUGACCUUUUCGUUUUUGAGGAUCAUCAUGGACCCCUUGUAGAAGCAUGAAUCGACUAUCAGCACCAGCGUGUUCAAAGCAAAGUACACAAUCUAAACACACACAGAUCAGACACACAGGGGAAGCAUCCAUCCAUCCAUCCAUCCAUGUGUGUGUGUGUGUGUGUGUGUGUGCCUCGGUGGAAUGGAUGGAUAUGUACCACACACGCCCCCAGAGUGAGCCUCUGCUGAGGGAAGGGCACCAGGAAGUGCGACGCCACCGCCAGCAGACACGCGGCCGCCGCCAGCACGAUGCGCACGUUCGACGCUGACACAUCCUCUAUGUAACCCUCCAACGGCAGAAACUGACACACACACACACACACACACGCACAGACAACCAGGCAGGCUAUGUGUGUUGCAUUCCUCCCUCAGUGACAUCUGGGCAGAUCCAUCAGUGAUAUCUGCGGUGCUGCUCACUUCGCUGAGGUAUUCGCCGAGCACUUGGCGGAUCUCCGUCUCAGAGUACAGAUUCGUCAGCUUCCCUGCAACCAACGACACACAAUCCCAUCAAUCACACAGGGCACACACAUGUGUCAUAUGCGAAGUCGCUUGCAUCGCCUCUGCGCGCCACGUGUGUGGUGUGUAUGUGGCUUACGUUCUUGCAUUUCAUGGGAGGGCUGUGGCAUCUCCCGCUUCUUCCCGCCGUUGCCACCACCCAUCCUCCGCUCAGCUCACUCUGUCAAAGGUCCCGCUGGCUGGAUCUUGGUCACCUCAACGCAAUGUCCUGCACUGCUGAACGGAUGCCAGGCAGCUGCUGCUCGCCUCGUUUGGCCUCUGCUUCUCCUCGCG